AGAGCACAAUGAAUGGUCAUAAUCUAGAUGGCUUGCCUGUCUCAGUUGACUGUUUCAAAGAGACAGCUGACGAAAGACUUCACUUUCUAACACACAUGCAUAGUGACCACACUGUAGGCCUAUCUUCAAGAUGGUGCCAUACUGUCUAUUGCACUGAAGUAACAGCAACACUUAUGAAGUUGAAAUUUGGGAUAUCAGACACCUACAUACAGAUAAUGGAUGACAAUCACACAUAUUGUCUUUCAUGUGGUCACACCAACAUAUGUGUGCGUAUGAUACCUACCAACCAUUGCCCUGGUGCCUGCAUGUUUCUAUUUGAGACUGAUAGCACGAGAAUUCUGUACACUGGUGACUUCAGAUUCAACGAAAUGGUUGAAAUGGAGGUGCAAAAAUGUUUGAACCCCAUACGUCCUAUUGAUUUACUGUAUCUGGAUAAUACAUACUGUGAACCAAGCUGUAAUUUCCCGUCUCAGCAAGAAGCUGUGUUAAAUAUCAUUAGCAUUUGUCGCCAUCAUAUUGAUGAAAGAAUAGUUUUUGGUGUGUCAUAUAUUGGGCAUGAAAACCUGCUCUGUUUAGUGGCAAAAGCACUGCAGGAAUAUGUAUAUGUAGAAGAAGCAAUGUUGGAACGUUUGCUGCUUAUUAACCCAGAGUAUGGAAAGGUUUUUCGUGUUGGAAUGUCAGCAAGGCUGAAUGCUGUACCUAAUAGUGUUUUAAACGGAUCUCAGUGGAGUGCUGUUCCAACAGUGUUGAUAAAACCAACUGCAAGGUUAGGCAGUAUGCGGAUUUCUGGCAAUCUUUCCACUGUUGGUGUUAUAACUUAUACAAUUCCCUACAGUAACCACUCUAAUUACCAAGAGCUAGAGAAGUUUGUCAAACUUGUAAAACCACUGAAAAUAAAGCCAAUAGUAUUAGGUAGAACGUCCUACCCUGGGAUGGAGAGUUAUUUCAGAGCAGAUAUGACCAAAUUUAACAGGUUUCUCUCCAAACCUAAAUCGUUGCCAAAAAUAAAUGUUCUCUUCGAAAGAAAAAGGGAUUUGAAUAUAAUGGGAGCGACAAGUAACGUAGUUACUGUUACUACAAGUGUAAAUGAUUUAGUCCCAAGGAAAAAGUUGACUGGUAUGAAGAGAAAAAUUAACGUCAUUUUGGUGCCAGCCAAGAAGCCAAGAGGUGCCAUAUACACUGAUGAAGAUAGCCCAAAGGAAAAAAUGGAAAUUGUGCCACAAAACUGCCCUGCAGAUGUUGAGUUAGAAGAAAAAGAUGAUGUAAUAAACUCUGAUGAUAAGGGUUCAAAAAAACCUAAAUUUGUUUCAGAAAUUGUUGAAAAAAUCAUUGACGAUCAAAGUAGAAUGAAAGAGCCAAUUGAGGUUAAACAGGAAGUGGAUAAUUUUCAUGAAACUGAUACUACUGGUAAAGUUUCAGAUAAUUUUGAUGCAUCAACAUGUCAGAGAAAUUUAACAUGCAAAGUUGAGGACAUGAAAUUCACAAAUAUUGAAACUAUUACGGACUCGGUAAAUAAGGUAGAAGAAUUGACGGAACGAACUUGUGUGAAAAUAACCAACAAAAAGUUGAGUUCGAACAAUGAUAUUUCCCAUGAAAAUGUAAAGGAAUUGGAUAUUUCUGUUCUUUCGGAGGCAGAUGAGGCAUUUGAAGGGAUUGAAAUGCUUAAUUCAUCUCAAGAAUGUAUGGAGACUCUUUAUUACGACGCCAAGCACCGUGGUUGUAAUGUAACUUCCGAAUCAUUGGAUUUAAUUAUAAAGGGAAGAGAAGAAGAGAGUGUACUGAUGGAUCCUCCAGACCUUGAAGACACUGAUGGAAAAUUGGGAAGAUCGUUGGAUAAUUUUUUUGAUGAUCAUGAUUAUUUACAUGAGGCGGAUCAUGGAAUUGAGAAAGAUAAAAUUAAAGUUGUAAAUAUGUUUGAUUACUUAAAGGAAAGUUAUUGUGAAGUUUUUGACAAGGAGAAUGAAUCAGUGGAUGAGGAAGAUGUUGAUGUGGAAGUUGUGGACUUCUCGGAUGAUUCAGUUAGGGGGGAGAAUCAUAUGAGUCCUUUUCAGGGAGGGGGUUCAAGUGAUGAUCAAGAGUUGGAGGUUGGGGAUGUAGUGGAACAUUCAUAUAAUGUUGGGAAUUAUAAUGAUAAGGAAUUUUGGGAGGAGGAUAAGAAAUUGGAAGAAAAAUUAUUGGAAAGAAAUGAAGAAGAUGCAUCACCUAUUAGGGUUGAUUGUGUAAGUCCAGAGGUGGGUGGUGGAGGACAUAUGGAAAAGGAAGAGGAGUUGGGUGAUGGUGAACGGGAUAAAUGUGAAAAGAGCGCAAAUGAAGUGAACACAGAAAACUGUAAUCAUAUGCAUAAAUGUGAAAAAGGUUCACACAAAAAAUUACACACACCCAACAAAAAAAAGCGGAAUUCUCAAGCAAAACAACUUCUUAAGGACAGUUCAGCAGUUAUUCCGCAUACACAGAAGAAUUAUGACAGUUUACCGGCGGCAAAAUAUAAGAAACGUCGUAAAAAAUUGUUGAGUAGAUCUGCACAGAUCGAAAACGAGAUUUUGUUAAAUUUUGAGAAAUUAUUUCCUUUUUAAUUUUAGUUUGGUAUAACGUUCAAAUGUGGAAUAACUCGGAUUUUAUGCUUAAAGGGAUAUAUAUCGUUUAUGUUGCUAUUUUUUUAGGCAUGGUUUUAUGAGAUGAAACUUGGAUGCAGCAGCUCGCAGAAUUGUGUUAAGAUAAAAGCCUAAAUUUGCAACAAAUGCGGUAGCUCUGUACUAUUAAGCGUAAAAUUGAAUUAUCCAGUUUUUUUUUAAACAAUCAUAAGCCUCAUACAUCAUAUACAAAACCUAACCGAACCCAAAUUUAGGAGUAUCAUGGUGCAUAUUCAUAGCCUACUAUAUUUUAUUUGUGCCUUACUGUUUUUUAUCAGUUUAACUAGCACUGUCCGUUUUACAUUCAAAAUACUGUCGUAAAAAGCGCUAAAAAUUGCAUUAAGAGAAAGCAUUUGUUUUGUAUACAUAUCAUUACAGAUAAAAUGAUUUGACUUGUUACAAUGUGCUUUAUGUUUUUAA